AUGAGUUUGGAUUCUUCUCAAAAGUGCGACGAAGAAACUGGUUUAAAAUCUAUCGCUCUUGAACCUUUAGAACUUGAUGAAACCUACUAGACCCCUGUUGAUAUAAGAUGGGGAAAUUGUUACCCAUUAUUUUAAAAAAACAACAUUCCAAAAAUUGUGAUUGGCCCUCAUUGGCCAUUGUUUAUUUGUGCAUAUUCUUUAUUUUUUGUAGCUAGUGUAUUUUUAAUUGGGUGGCAUUUUACCAGUACAUCAUCUGAAUUCAUUAAAUGGGCUACUUUUAUUAUUUGUGUCAAUUAAUGUUGGAGUUAUGCUUGGGUAGCUUUAAUUAAUCCUGGAGUUAUUAAUUACGAUAAAAAUAAUUCUAUUGAUUAUAGACCAAGACCUUCGCCAGAAUUAGGAAUAUAGAAUGAUAGCAAGACUUGGUAUUGUAGUGCAUGUAAAUUGUUAUAAUUAUAUGGCACUGUGCAUUGUAGUGAUUGUGAUGUGUGCAUAUAGGAAAUGGAUCAUCAUUGUCCAUGGACAGGAAAAUGUAUUGGAAAAGGAAACAUAAAAUAAUUUUAUUAUUUUCUUGCUAGUACUUUAAUAUUUAUGAUUUUUAAUAUUAUUGCUUCAUUAACACAGUUAGAUGGAGCAAUAAACGGAACUAGAAGGAAAAUAAAAUAAGGUAGUUGAAGAAAAUAAAUUUAUGUUUUAAUUUAUAGUUUGA